AUGGAAUGGUGGCAGACCAGAAUCAGAAACCUGAAUACCACUCGAAAGCAAGUAUUCGUGUACUUCCACGGAGUAAAUGUCCGCUUAGAUGAGCAGUUCGUCGGGCAGUACGACGCCGAGUCAACCAAGGGCUUCGUCGACGAGCUCAACCUGACCAUAGGGGAGUUGCAAAAACAGUUUUGCGACAUGGUUCCCAUUGACUUCCCUGCGGAGAGUUAUACCUACGGGUAG